UUAUGCAUGGCCUUGCAUGUGAAGAAAGUAGAAAACUUUUUCCACAGGUUUCAGAAAUUUAAAAAAAGGCCCUUCUUACCAUUUGUUUGCAGCAAGAUAUUCCUGUCUGACUGGAUAUGCUUUCUGAUAAGACAUCCCCAAUAAGCUAACUCAAUAUUGAAUUAACCUCUUGACUUGAACUACAAUACAAUCAAACUCAAAAAGAAGAAUUCUCUUCUUUAACCCUUUCCUGUACCCUUUCUCUUGUUUUGCUUAGCCGUAUAUAACAUAAUGAUGAUGAGCAGAUUUGGAAAAAUCCCAGAAUCGUAAAUUUGUACAGGAACCUAACAGAAAUACCCGAAAAUGGAUACUUUUGAGUCUUAUCAGGAAGGGGUAUCAUCAGAGAUUGUAUUCUUCGACUUGGAAACAACAGUGCCCAACAGAGCAGGAGGACGAUUCUGGGUAUUGGAGUUUGGUGCAAUUAUAGUUUGUCCAAGAAAACUUGUUGAGAUAGAGAGUUAUACUACUCUCAUAAGACCUAAAGACUUGUCUGUUGUGGCAUUAAGAUCUGGUCGAAGUGGUGGCAUAACUCGCAACGCUGUUGCAGAUGCACCUGCAUUUGAAGAAGUUUCUGACAAAAUUUAUAGCAUCUUGAAUGGAAGAAUAUGGGCAGGACACAAUAUCCGAAGAUUUGAUUGUAUUCGCAUUAAGGAAGCAUUUGCAGAGCUUGGUAAGGAUCCACCUGUACCUGUUGGAAUGAUUGACUCUUUAGGGGUCUUGUCUCAGAAGUUUGGCAGAAGAGCUGGUAAUCUCAAGAUGGCAACUUUAGCUGAUUACUUUGGCCUUGGACAGCAAAAGCACCGGAGCCUUGAUGAUGUUCGUAUGAAUCUGGAGGUCCUGAAGCACUGUGCCACAGUUUUGUUUUUGGAAUCAAGUCUUCCAACUCUAUUGAAUGGCAAAUGGCACAACUCUUCAACAGUUACUACACGCAGUAGAAGUAAUGGAAAAUUGCCAUUUAGGGAAGAGACAAGCCGCAAAUCUCCUCCUACCACUCUUGGGUACCAAAGAGCAGUCCCUUAUGCGAGAGGAAGUUUAGGAAAGGUGACAGAAGGAGUGAAAAAUUUGAUAUGCAAGGCCCAAGAGACAAAAUCCCUUAACAAGUUACUUAAGCAUUCUCAUUCUUUGCUCAGAUGAUAGCAUGAUCAAGGGCUUUUGCUAGUUUAACUAUUUUGCAUCUUCAUGAAUUGGAAUUCACAAGAUUCGAUCCUGAGGAUAUCUUUAAUUCCAUAGAACGAAGAGACAACUGCAACAAAAUUCAAUUUGAUUGUUUAUUCUUCAACUGAUUGAUGAAUUCGUUUCUGUUUUAACUUCUAGUAAUCCAAUAACAUAUUUCAAGGGUUAUACCUGUAUCUUAUGACAAAUAUGUAAUCAUGUUGAGAAGAAAACGGCUAAAGAAAUAUUAAUGUCAAUUCUCU